AGGAUGGCGGCUGCAGCGGCCGCUGCUGUGGCCGCGGCCCGGAGAGGGUCAGCGCAGCCGCGGAGACGGCGAAGAGCCCGCCGUCCCCGCGAGGUGUAGACGGGGCGCUGCCUGCACAGCACGUCCUGCCAGCCUUGCUGGAGAGGAUGCUCCCGUGUCCGUGAUGGGCUGUGGGACAAGCAAGGUCCUUCCCGAGCCACCCAAGGAUGUCCAGCUGGAUCUGGUCAAGAAGGUGGAGCCCUUCAGUGGCACUAAAAGUGAUGUAUACAAGCACUUCAUCACAGAGGUGCACAGUGUUGGCCCUCUUAAAGCUGGAUUCCCAGCAGCUAGUCAGUGUGCAAACCCCUGCCCCAGUGCCCCCACUACUGGCCACACAGAGCCUCCUUCAGAACCACCACGCAGGGCCAGGGUGGCUAAGUACAGGGCCAAGUUUGACCCACGUGUGACGGCCAAGUACGACAUCAAAGCCCUGAUUGGCCGAGGCAGCUUCAGCCGAGUGGUACGCGUGGAACACCGGGCAACCCGGCAGCCAUAUGCUAUCAAGAUGAUUGAGACCAAGUACCGAGAAGGGCGGGAGGUGUGUGAGUCGGAACUGCGUGUGCUGCGCCGAGUGCGCCACGCCAACAUCAUCCAGCUGGUGGAGGUGUUUGAGACGCAGGAACGUGUGUACAUGGUGAUGGAGCUGGCCACUGGUGGAGAGCUCUUUGACCGCAUCAUUGCCAAGGGUUCUUUCACUGAGCGUGACGCCACACGCGUGCUGCAGAUGGUGCUAGAUGGCGUCCGGUAUCUGCAUGCUCUGGGCAUCACACACAGAGACCUCAAGCCUGAGAAUCUGCUCUACUACCACCCAGGCACUGACUCCAAGAUCAUCAUCACCGACUUUGGCCUGGCCAGUGCCCGCAAGAAGGGUGACGACUGCCUGAUGAAGACCACCUGCGGCACUCCUGAGUACAUUGCCCCCGAGGUCCUGGUCCGCAAGCCCUACACCAACUCAGUUGACAUGUGGGCACUGGGCGUCAUCGCCUACAUCCUGCUCAGUGGCACCAUGCCCUUUGAGGACGACAACCGCACCCGGCUAUACCGGCAGAUCCUCAGGGGCAAGUACAGUUACUUGGGGGAGCCCUGGCCCAGCGUGUCCAACCUGGCCAAGGACUUCAUUGAUCGCCUGCUGACAGUGGACCCUGGCGCCCGUAUGACUGCACUGCAGGCCCUGAGGCACCCGUGGGUGGUGAGCAUGGCAGCCUCUUCAUCCAUGAAGAAUCUGCACCGCUCUAUCUCCCAGAAUCUCCUCAAACGUGCCUCCUCACGCUGCCAGAGCACCAAAUCUGCCCAGUCCACGCGUUCCAGCCGCUCUACACGCUCCAACAAGUCGCGCCGUGUGCGGGAGCGGGAGCUGCGGGAACUCAACUUGCGCUACCAGCAGCAGUACAAUGGCUGAGCUGCCUGGCUGUGGAGAUGGGCCUGUUUAUGGCCAGUGGUAGGUGAAUGGCCCCAGCCCCUCCUCUGUGCCUUCAGCAGCCCCUAUCCUCACCCUGAGCCUGAGCCUUGUGUGACAGAGUGGAGGGAGGCCAGGGAGCUGUGAGCCCCCUGAACUGAGAGCCUGGCCUGGCACUGAUGCUCCUUUUGGUGGGCAGCUGCUCUGGUACCAAGUUGGAGAAAGAGCAGGACCUGGCCUCAGUCUCCCUCAGCUCUUGGCUCUUCCCCAGACCAAAGGGGCAUGUAGUGCCGGGUAGAGGGUGUCCUGUAGUUCCAGCACAGUUACUUCUGGAACUCCCCUUUCCUCCACUGAGCUUUCCUCCCUGGCCGUCCACAUUCCAUGGCAUCCUGAUCCUCAUGUUUAUGCUCCAGUGAGAGGCUCAGGUAGGCACAAAACUUGUGCCUUGGCUGGACUUGCAGCCCUUGGCUAAGUCUAAACAGCUCCCAAUCUCCCAGCCAAGAUCUGUCUUCCUUCGUGGUGCCCCCAGGGACCCCUCCUGGCCCCAGGACUUGCCAGGACCUCUGGUGGUAGGGCCAUGGCAUGGUCCUUGGCCCUUCUGGACUGUGUGGCCAUGGUGGUAGCAGGCUUGCUCCAUGCUCCAGCCUCUGACUAUGAGAGAGUUUCUCCCCACCAGCCCAGUGCUCUCAGUGCCUUCUUUGCAGAGCCCACCAUCGUGGAUGCCCAUUCUAUUCCCCAGGUGCCUCCUUCCCAACUGUGGGGGAUUAAAGAGAGCCCCACUGCUGCUACCUGGGGGUGGGGGCACCUGGGCCAAGGCAGAGGGCAGGGGCUUCCCAGGGAGGGCCCCAUGAGGAUUCCAGUGUCAGCCUGGUUCCACCCCUGGUACUGCCCAUUGCCACUUCCCUUCAGGCUCUGCUGUUCCCUUCUCUGCAGCUGCAUGAAGGAGCCAUCUAGUGUCUGGCAUGAGUAUGGGCAGCCUAGGAAUGACCAUCAUGCUCACCCUUCAUCCUCCAAGAGGAAGUGGGAAGGAAGGAGCUGCUGCAUUGAGGGAGGGUCCCUGGGCUGCUCAACUCUCCCCUUCUGCUGAGCUUCUGCACAGCUUCCCCUGGAACUUAGCCAUACUGUGUGACUUGCCUCUGAACCCUGAGUGCCUGGAGCACUGGCCUUCUCACAGCUGGCCUUGCCCCGUCCAGCCUGUCCCUGCUUCCUUUCACGGCAUUACCCUUCCAGUCUGGGCCCUGCUGAAUCUCAGGCUGGAGGGAGCUCCGGUGGGAGGUAGAUGGAAUUGGGUGGCUGCUUUCCCACAGGCCUGAGCCACACCAUCCCCAUGUUGGUCAUUGUGCCUCCCCUCAUCAUAAACCAGGCUGGAACCCAGCCCCCUCCCUCCACAGCUGCUUUCAGUAGGUGGGGAGCCAGGGCCCAGCUUUAGCCUUAGCUAGACUGCAGGGCCCCUGCCAGCACGGAAGGUUUGGCCCUCACUCACUUCCUCCCAGUGGGUAGCCUUGGGCCAGGACCUCCUCUUUCUGCAUGUGCCACCUCCAGCGAGAAAACAAGCCAAAGAGACCACUCUAGGCCAAGUCAACUGUGCCUUAUAUACCCCCUCCUUCCGUACCGAGUGCCCCCUGGCACAAGGCAGUGGAGAGCCCAAGCCCCAUGGCCUCAGAAUUCCCCCACUUCCCCAGGUGCCUCUGGGGGCCUGAAGCCCUGGCGAUUUAUUUCCUCUCUUGCCCAGGAUACUGGUCCUGAGGGUAGGACAGAGGGAGUUUGGAGACUUGGACCUUUGACAGGCCCACUUGGGCCUUUAUGCCAUGGACAAUGGAGGGAGAAUGUGCAGUUAUUUAUUUUGUGUACUCAGUUUGUAAAUGUAUCCUCUGUACUCAAUAAACAGGCUGCCCUCCCCAGGGAAGGCUGCCCAUUCAUUUCAA